GUUCGUUUCUGUGCACUGCAUUGGCUUCCUCAUCAAAUGUUCCAUGGCUGAACGUUCUUAAAAGCCACACUUUAAAAGGUCAUAAUUGUCCUUUAUUUGGCAUAUAAACUACCAAAAUCCCGGUCCAAUGAAAUAGAGAUUUGCAAAUGAGUACUCAGAGGGGAGAACUGCUCGACGAUCCGCUUCGAAAACCUCUGAAUUUUGACUUAGAUGAUGACGAUUUAGAUAGUGACCUCGGAGAAGAACUAAGGGGUAUUUACGAACACCGGCUUAAAGAAAUGGAGAGUGUCGAAGUGAAAAGAGACAGUGCACAAAAGCAUCAACUGCAGUCAUUACAGACAUAUGUCAAUGAGUUGAGUGAACAGAAUGAGAUUCUGGUCCAGACUGUGGAAGAGUUAGAACGUGAAGCCAAUGAGAGGGUAGCUCUGAUGGAGUCUAAGCUAAAUAAGACAAACAUCUCACUAAAGGAUGCUUCCAUUAGAGCUAGUGAUUCUGAUAGAAGAUUGGAAAAGGUUGCAAGAGAAAACGAUCUCAUCAAUGAAGACCUGAAGAGUUUGAAGGAAGAGCUGAGUGUCACACAGCAGCAGUACGCACACCUGCAGACAAGAGCUGAGGACCUUGAAUGGGACAUUGAUGGUCUGGUUGAGUUGAUUGGAACAGCAAGAGCAAGCGGAAAAUGGGAGUUUGCAGGUCUUGACUUGAGGACUGUUCCACUGGAUGCCAUUCUAGGAGCCCACGCUGCUGCUUCCAAACAUGUGGGUCAGGGUGAGAAACGUCUGACUGACCACAUCAGCGAACUCAAGCGACAACUGACGGCCAGAGAUGAGAUCAUCCAGAGAUUACAGAAAGACCUGAAGAACAAAGAACAGCAAUAUCAACAACUUUUAGACAAGAAAGCUCAUGGUGACGAGAGGGUUGGUUCAUUUGCUGGUGACUCCAAAUCUUACGAUUCUCACACUGAAGAAUGUUCAGGUGCCAUGACAAACAAAGACAUCUUGAUCCGACAGCUGAGAAUGGACCUGGAACAAGCCAGACGACAGCAACAAAUAACAGAACGAACCUUGAGGGAGUGUGAGAUGGAUUUAGCUAAACAAGAUGGACAGAUAGAAAAACUCCAGGAUAAUGAGACGUUCAGAGUUACUGAUGUGUCCGCCAAGGAGCGCAGAAUAAAGUUGCUGGAGACACAGUACAAGAAUAGCAAGUUGGAAGUGGCCCGAUGCCAAGAGGUGAUUAGAGAAUUGCAGAACUCCGUGAGGUCUUACAAAGAAGGCAGUAGAUCAGUACCACCAGAUGUCACCAAUGACUAUGAACAGAGGAUCAAACGGCUGCAGACAGAACUCGAGGCAUCGGAUGAUCAAAGAAAGAGUGCUAAUCGUGAACUGAUGGCCCUGCAGACCAAACUGCGUGAGAUGGAACUGAUUCGAAAAGAUAACCAAGAAGUUCUCAGUCAAGAGCUCACCAGCCGGGAUUCAGAGCUUGGAAGUCUGCAAGACAGAUACAAUGCUUCACUAGCCCAGGUUCAUCAACUCGACAAAGAACUUCGUCAAGUGAAGGCGGAACGCAGUAACUCGGAUUACGAGCUCGAGAAAAACAAGUAUUACGUUCAGCAGCUAGAGAAUGAUCUCAAGAAGUGUCGCGAACAGAUAGCGGAAUCUCAAGAACAGGUCCAGGCCUUACAGAAAGAACUGUACAGGUUGAAAUCGUCUGCAGAUGACCAAAGAGAUGCUUUGGCAAACGAGGUUGCCGAGCGCCAUGAUGUGAUCCUCAGACUCAAGGCAGAUCUUUCUUCUAUGGAAAACAAGUAUCAAAAUGCGUCAUCCCAGCUUAGCCAUAGAAACCAAGUCUUGCAAAGGAUACGAGAAGAAAACAAAGAAAUGUCUGAACAGACUGAUGAUAAGAAUCGAAAACAAGAGGGACUGGAAAAGAAACUGAAUGCUGCCAACAAGAGGAUUUCAGACCUGGAGUCGUCUCUAGAGAAAAAGGCAAAAAACAGUAUUGAAACGUCUGACCACUUGUCACAACUUCUGGAAGAAAAGGAUAAGCUUAUCCGUGACAUCAGGUCUGAGUUAUCAGGACUACGAGAAGAACAUCAACACGCGUCGAGUAAAGUAUCUCAUCGUGACGAAGCCAUUCAAAGACUGCAAGCCCAGCAAAAGGAAUGCAUGAACGAGGUAUCACGAAGAGAGAAAACAAUCCAGAAGCUAGAACUAGAACUACUGAACGCUCAAGAAAGCCAUCGCCGUGCGCAGGAUGAUGUAGCUCGUCGAGAUGAUAUUAUCAGACAGCACGAGAAUGACCUUCAGAAUCUGCGCAAGCUGCACAACGAAGCUGUAGAGGAGAAUGGUAAACUUCAAGCCAAGAUACAGGCCUACAAAAUAUCGACCCAAAGUGAACACGAUGUACUCGCUGAUGAGGUAUCCCAGCGAGAAGAGGCCAUCCACAAACUGAAAAUCGAAAAGCUCACUCUACAGGAACAACAAGAAAAAGCAGAGGAAAAUAUUCGAGAGCAGGAAAGAGCUAUUGAUAGACUGCGGCAACAGUAUGAAGACUGCCUUCAAGAUGUUCAAACUCGAAAUAAUACCGUGGUUGAGAUGGAGAAUAAACUCGGUGAAAUGAAGAGUAAAACAGAUGAAUACACUGGACAACUUGAACAAUGUGAGGAUACAAUCAGAGAGAUGAACCUCAAGAUUCAUUCCCUUGAGAGUCAGUUGGACCAGAAGGACCACGAGACUGCCAUGAAGGAAGAUACCAUUGGGCAACUGACUUCAGAGAUGGAAGAGUUACAAGACCAACACAGUGACGUCUUAGAUAAGGUGCGAAAGCGAGAGGAUAUGAUAGAUCGCCUGAAAACAGAAUCUUCGUUUUUGAAGGACCAACAACGAGAAAAGGAAAAAGAGAUAUCCCAGCAGCUGGAUGUGGUUCACAAACUCGAGCGGGACUUGAGUCAAACGACACUUAAAUACGAGGAAGUCAAGAAACUCGCCGAAGAAGACCGUUCUGUAAAAGAUGACAGAAUAAAGAGACUACAAGAAGAGUUAACCGACGUCCAACAACAGUACUCCGAGUGCUAUGAUGAGCUUGUCCAACAAGAGGAGUUGAUGACCAAGCUGAGGGAUGAGAUCUCGAGUCUGCAGAUUGAUUUAGGGAAAUCCACUGAUGAGUUGGCCAGGUCUCACGAGUGCAUUCAUUCCUUGGAAAUGGACCUCGCGGUGUCGAAAGAGAAGCAUAGGACCUGCGCAGUAGAGGUAUCUAAGCGAGAUGAAGCUAUUCUGAAUCUUCAAGCCGAACUCGACGCCACCCAACAAGAAUACGAAAACUGCUCAUCAGAACUGGAACACAGAGACAAAGAAGUGGCUGAACUGAAAUCUAACAUUGUCAAGCUAGAUUCUGAUGUACGAACACUCAGGACACAGGUUGAGAGCGCAAAUGAGAAGAUGUCAUCGGAUGAACGAGAGAUAAGCCAACUACAGGCGGACAAAGCGCGCUGUAUGCAAGAGGUGCAACACUUAAUGCAGACGGUGGAGCACUUGGAAUCAUCUUUGUCAGAUGAUCAGCAAGACCAUGAAACUGAGAUCAAGCGACUAAGUACAGAGAUCGAAACUCUUGGUAAUAAUCUGACAGACGCACUGCGUAAAGAAAAUGAUACAGCUUCCUUGUUAAGAGAAGAGUCUGAUAAAACAGAAAAGCUAUCAAGGGAAAUACAGCAACUCCACAAAUCUAAGCUGGAAUGUGCUAAAGAGGUUGAACGUGGAAUCGAGGUGAUGAAGAACCAAGACAAUGAGAUAGUAGAAACGAAGAAAAGACUGAUGUCUCUAAAAGAGAAGCUCAGAGAAUAUGAUUCACAAAACAAGACUCUACAGAACAACUUGUCUUACUACAAGGACCAGUUCAACCAGAGUGUCAGUCAGGUUAAUCGUUGUGAAAAGGCAAUCAAGAACCUUGAAACUAGUCUUCAGGAGACGAGAAAUCAGGUUGUGGAGAAGGACAAAGAACUGAAUAAGCAGUGUGAAGAGCUCGCCAACGAGAAACAAAACUACAUCGAAGAGCGUUCUAAGAAUCAGAGACAACGACAUGCUAUGGAUGAGCUGGAGAGAGAACUGAAGCUAGCUAAAGAUGCUUGUGAACGAUUCAAAAACCAGGUCGCGCAUUGCGAGGAAACGAUCCAGAACUUAAAGCAAAAACUGUCGGAGAAACAGAAAGAUGGAGCGGCACAGGAUGAGAAGAUAAGACACCUGGAGGCUGACCUGAAAACAUCUACUGAUAAAUAUGACGAUUCUGUCAAACAGAUCGCCGAAAAGGAAAACUUGGUUCGAAAAAUACAGGGUGAUCUGUUGACAGAGAAAGAGCAACACGCACAACGUGUUCAGCAGGUUACCUAUUAUGAAGAACGUUUACAAGACUUCGAGAUGGAGAUAGGGAGUUUGAAAGAAGAAAGACGACAGGCUUCACAACAGAUCUCGAGGAGUGAACAAGCCAUCCAACAACUACAGAAAGAAAUGUCUGCAACUAAACAUAAACACCGCAGUGAGAUCCUGAGGAACGAAGAGUUGAUUCGUAACAUGGAGAUCGAGAUCAACAACUCCCAGAACGAUAACAAAUCCCUUGCUCAAGAAAUGGCCCAGUUGAACGUUAAACUUACCGCGACACAAAACACCUUGACCAGCAGAGAGCAAGAAUUGAGGGACAAAAAUCAGGAGCUUUUUAACUGUGAACAAACUAUAGCAGAUCUAAGUGAACAGUUGGCGUCUCUUAAAGUAGAACACAAGCAGCUGAGCACCGAGAACGCUAAACGCAAGGAACGGCUUGGUCAAGUAGAGUCAGAUCUAGCGACUGUUAGAGAACAGCUGAAGGAAAAAACACAAGAGCUCGCUCACAGCGAUGAGAAACUCAUUCUGUUAGAUCAAAACCUUACAUCGACACAGGAACAGCUCAGCGCACGUGUAGCCGAGGCUGUUCGAUUGGAGAAGGUGAACAGAAAAUUCCAAAUGGAGUUGAAAAAAACCAACGAGCUACAACAGAAACAGGACAAACAGAUUACUGAGCUUGAAGGGUAUCUUGAACAACUCAAGGCAGAUCUUAAAGUAUCGCAACAGCGACAUCAGGCUAGUGUAGAAGAGGCUGACGCAUACGAAGAAAGAGCGAGGAACCUGGAACUAGAACUUGAAAUCACUCAAAAAGAAUUACAAGUGGUGAGAGAUGAGUAUUCCGAGCAACUUCUCACGACUCAAGAAAAGGAAGCACAACUGACACAAUACAAGACACAGAUACAAGAGGCUCAGAAACAUAUUCGUCAGUGUCAAGGUGUUAUCGAAGAGCAGGAGAACAAAAUCACUCAUUUCAUUCAGCAGAACCAGGAUAUGAAGGAACAGAUUCGAGAAAAGGAAAAGGCCGCUGGACAAUUGAGAGAAGAACUAGGUGGAGUUUUGGAAAAGAAUAAGAAUAUCAUGGGAGAGAUUGCCGCACGUGACUCUGAUAUCAGACUGUUGAGAACAGACUUGGGUGCAGCUCAGAAAAAGAUCAAAAACCAUAGCAACGAGGUUCGUCGUUAUGAAGAAACGCUACAUCAACUACAAUCAGACCUGGGCAGAACUCAAGACAACCACAAGACAUCUACCUCACAGAUCGGAGCCCUUGAGAAGAGCGUGCAUGUCUUGAAAACACAGCUGUCUAGUGCUCACGGCAACCAUAAAGAGGCCAUGGAACAGUUAACGCAACGAUCAAAACAACUUGCCAAUGUUAAAACCGAACUCGCCACCACGAAACAACGAGCCCAAGCAAUGGAGGAACAAAUUAUUGCCUUAGAAGAUAAGUUAAAGAAGGCUAGAACAGAGUUGAAGCGAAAUCAGGAUAAGAACAAACAAACUGACGGCGAGGUUCAUCACUACGUAAGAAGUGUCGAAGAUCUUAAAAACCAGCUUAACGCUGCACAAGACAAGCUUCAUCGACAGUCACAAGAACUAUCCAAACGAGACGAACAGAUGGUAAUACUGAAGGUCGAACUAGCGACUUUACAAGAAAAACACAGACUGAUAGUAGAAGAGAGUGAGAAGAUAAAACAAGAGUUCACUUUAACCAGGAAACAACACCAAGCCUGUCUAGACGAGGUGAAUAACCUUCGCGUGUCUUUGGAUGAAGCGCGAACAAAUGGUGACAGACUGCACAGAGAGAGCGAGAUGGUCGUGGAAAACGUCAAUAGCUGGGUACAAGAGCAAAAAUAUGGAAACGAAAAACUUGCAUCAAAGUUGAGAGAACAAAGCACACAGAUCUCAAGCCUAAUAUCCGACAAGGAAAACUUGUCUGAAACCUUAAACGCCCUUCAAAAAGAAUGUUCUUCACUGAAAAGCGAGUUAGAGGAGAGACGUCUGGACAGUGAGCGACUUAAGAGUCUGCAGUCUCAUUCAGCACAACAGCAAGUUUUACUUCAUCAACUUCGUAAUCGUCUGGCAAAUCAUGAGAAUGAGCAAGACGCAGAAGCCAUGAAUAAAGCACAAACGAUAGAAGACUUACACAACCGACUCAAGACUAAUGUAGAAACCAUUCAACAGCUGAAUCAACAGCUCAACUCUCUGAACAAGGAGAACCUUCGACAAAGACAUCUGUUGGAUAGAGAAUCGGCCAUGAGAAAGAGCCUUCAGAUGCAGGUAGAUUCACGUGACCAAUCCAUCUCUGCACUCAAGUCACAGAUGGAUUCAUAUCGCUAUUCAGACGUCCCACACAGAGACACCGAUGUUAUUACCGAUUUGUACGGCAAUGAUAUGCAAGACUAUUCAUCACCUAAAUCAAAAUCAGUUCAAAAGGACAAGAUUCGAUCUGUCAUGAGGAAAGAGAUUGAAAAGGCUGGUGUCAAGGACCCACAAGUGCUGGACAAGUCGUACUGGAUACAGAGAGUGGGUGAGCUAUCUAUCCAACUUCAACAGAGCAGUGAAUACUGGGCUCAUAAAGUACGUGACCUGACGGAUCAAAUGGACCACAAAACUGGCUCCCCUGCACACUAAACUCCAUCCCAUACUGGAGAUCAAUUUGACAAUAAGUAAGCAUCGCCCACAAGCUAAGAAUAAAAGAUUCCACCAUACAAGAACAGGCAGGACAACAUAGCAGAUGCAGAUAUAGAGCUGAAUGCAUGCAGCUUGUAUUUUCUUAACAGUGUUUAUUAUUGGUACAGCCAAAUAAAUAGGUUGCCAAGCUCAAUAGCUAAGUUUAUCAUUGGUUGUGCAGCCUUCUCUCCAGCCAGAUACUAGGAAGUGUCAGUUUAAUAAAGAGGAAAAGAAAGUCAUGCUUUGUUUUAUAUAUGCAGUCAUACUUAUUAGUCAAAUCCCUAGUGAAAACUUUUGAUGUAUUGAUAUAUACUUUUCACCAAAAUUUUUUUUUAAAAAUGUGCACAUUACAUUUUAAUGUAGAACUGUCUGAAUUCACAAAAUAAGCUACAACAUUGCAUAUUUGGCUUCAAAAGCCAAGAGCAUGCACAAAGUAUGCAAAUACAUUGAAAGUGGCCAUGGUUGUGCAAUAAGCAUUAGUUGGCAGGUUGUUGCAAGGAGGUAAGCUCACUCACCCUGGACCCAAAACAACUGCUCACUGGCCACCAAGCAAUGCAGGCUGAGUAAUGAUGUUCACACAGUAGUGAGUGACUUUGUACCAUAAACUGUAGAAUCUUGAUUGAUACAUGACUAAUAUAUAGAGAAGUUUUAACUAUUUAACAUAUAUUUUAUUCAUAAGAUGUUUUUAAAAUUCUCUAGUUACGUGUAGUUGUAGCGUAAGUCAUAGAAGCCAUUAAUGUAAUGCUACUUGUAUGCCAAGGAACUAACCAAGUCUUGCAUCCAAGAAUUCUAAAACCUUAUUAUGUCCGAUCCAGUAGCUCUUAUAUUCUUUUAUGUGACAUACUCAAACUUUUUUCUCAUUGUAAAAGAUGUCACUUAGAUUUGGUAGCAGUAUAAAAAUAUUUUUUUUUGUAUUGCCAAGCUUGAUAGAAGUAUCACAUUGCUAUUUCUUAAAAUAUUAGUAAUUAGUGAUGACUUACUGUAUGUAAGUUAUAUUCCUUCACACAGAGACCAUGGUGCAAGGGGGUGAGGUGUACAGAGGGCCCUCCAGUAUUAUAGAACUGAAAUGAUGCUCAUGCCCUGCACCCCGCCUAAUCAAACGCCACUUAAUUUAUAAUGGUCCCUGCUUGAAGGGUUUCUCUUUGUGACAAAUGUUCCAUUUUUAUGCUGCUGCCACGUUCCUGUUUCUGUAACCCACAGGCCAACAACAAAUGUACAGUACACUUAUAUCCAUGUUACAUUGCAUACACUCAAUUGAAGAAUCGUUGUCGGGUUCAGAGACAUAGAACAUAAAAGCUAAGACCGAAAUGGCACAUGGGAAGUACGUUAAUUAGAUGCAUGCUGUGACCAGUGAC